UGUAGGGUAAAGUUGCCCUAAGAAACGAAUUGAACUGCGGUCGUUGCGGUAUGAGAAAGAGAGAGAGAAAAGUGAGUGAAGGAAGGUGGGAGAAUGGUUUCCGUGACGGAGUAGGACGGAAAGUAAGGGUCCCCACAGUGCACAUGGGAGCGGAUUUGACGAUGAAACGAGAAAGAGCUCAAGACGUUUAUGACAAAGCCUGCAAUAGCUUUCGUUAAUUUGGCAAAAGACCCCUACCAUUUGCGGCAAUGCACCUCCCCGUUCUAUUAUUUCUCUUUCCCUCAUUCAUUAUAUCCCCUAUUCUCUGCCCCAGAUCGAUCGAACAAGUGAAUUAGCUAGAAGCAUUGAAGGACGUAGCUGCUAUGGCUCGAGGAAAGAUCCAGAUCAAGAGGAUAGAGAACACCACCAACCGCCAGGUCACUUAUUCUAAACGACGGAAUGGCCUUUUCAAGAAGGCCAACGAGCUCACCGUUCUAUGCGAUGCCAAGGUUUCUAUUAUUAUGUUCUCCAGCACUGGGAAACUCCACGAGUACAUCAGCCCCUCCACCUCAACAAAGCAGUUCUUCGAUCAGUACCAGAUGACUCUAGGAGUCGAUCUCUGGAACUCUCAUUACGAGAAUAUGCAAGAGAACUUGAAGAAACUCAAAGAUGUGAAUAGGAAUCUUCGUAAGGAGAUUAGGCAGAGGAUGGGAGAUUGUCUGAACGAUCUGGGCAUGGAAGAUCUCAAGCUCCUUGAGGAAGAAAUGGACAAGGCCGCCAAGGUUGUUCGUGAACGUAAGUAUAAGGUGAUAACAAAUCAGAUUGACACCCAAAGGAAAAAGUUUAAUAACGAGAAAGAAGUGCACAACAGACUCCUGCGUGACUUGGAUGCAAGAGCAGAAGAUCCACGUUUUGCAUUGAUAGAUAAUGGAGGGGAGUACGAGUCUGUGAUCGGAUUCUCAAAUUUAGGUCCACGCAUGUUCGCAUUGAGCCUACAGCCAAGCCAUCCUAGUGCCCAAAGCGGAGCAGCAGGCUCUGAUCUUACCACUUACCCUUUACUUUUCUAGUACGCAAGCUUAAGCAGCUCGAUCUCUUCAUCAAUCAGAAAUACCACAUUCACUCAAAUUUCAAUAAGAAUAUGACUUGUGAUCGAUAUCUUAAGUUAUGCACCCGUACGUGCAGUUUGUACUUAACCACAAAACAAUCUCACGAAUCUUCUCUUCUCGGUCGAUCGCAUAUAUGCAUGUGUGAAUUAUUCAGUUGCAACUGAUGAACUGUUAUCUCUGUAUGUUUUUUAGCCUAAUCAUAUACCUGAAACAUGACGUUGCAUGUGUUUCCUUUUAUUGAGAAUGCUUUGGCAUGAUUAUUUA